CUUUCCCUGCAGAUCGUCAUCGUGCAGUUCGGGGGGAAGCCGUUCAGCUGCUCGCCCCUCAACGCCGAGCAGUGGCUCUGGUGCCUCUUCGUGGGCGUCGGCGAGCUCGUGUGGGGACAGCUAAUCGCCACCAUCCCCACCAGCCACCUGAAAUGCCUGAAGGAGGCGGGGCACGGUCCCGGCAAGGACGAGAUCACAGACGAGGAGAUGGCGGAGGAUGAGGAGGAGAUAGACCAUGCCGAGCGGGAGCUGCGCCGAGGCCAGAUCCUCUGGUUCCGUGGCCUCAACCGCAUCCAGACCCAGAUGGAAGUAGUUAGCACCUUCAAGAGAAGCGGCUCCUUUCAGGGGGCCGUGCGGCGCCGCUCCUCGGUCCUCAGCCAGCUGCACGAAGUAACCAAUCUUUCUACCCCUACUCACGUAAUUCUCUCCGCUGGCAAUCCCACUUCUGCCACCAUCGGGAGUGAGUGA